AUGGCUACCGGAAACGGGAUCCAGGUACUCAAUGCCGGAGUAGGCUAUGGUAUCGUCGUGGGGAUAGGCGCAUUCUUCGCGUUGAUGAUGCUUGCCAUCACCUGGCUUCAGAACAGAUACACCAGCUACUCGACAAAGCAAGCCGAGGAAUUCAACACGGCUUCGCGCUCCGUGAAGCCGGGGCUUAUCGCAGCUGGUAUCGUCAGUUCCUGGACAUGGAGCGCGACUCUCCUGACUUCGAGUACCUUCGCGUACACAUAUGGGAUUUGCGGUCCAAUGUGGUACGGCGCUAUGGGAACUUCGCAGAUCCUCCUGUUUAGUCUCAUCGCCAUUAAGAUCAAGGCCAAUGCACCUGGAGCUCACACAUUCCCAGAGAUAAUUCUGGCUCGGCACGGUCGAUUCGCACACUUGACUUAUCUCUUCUUUGGGUUCGCCACAAAUUUGCUGGUCGGAGCAUGCCUGGUCCUUGGUGGAAGCCAAGUGGUAGCAGCGCUGUCCGGAGUCAACGUGUAUGGCGCCAUUUUCCUGAUCCCGCUCGUGGUGGCAGCCUAUGUUAUCGCCGGAGGCCUGCGCAGCACUUUUAUAGCGGACUACGCGCAUACCGUGAUCCUGUUCAUUGCCAUCUUCGUUUUCUGCUUCGAGAUGUACGCGACAAACGCAACGGUCGGGAGCAUCGACAGGUUUUAUGACUUGCUGAAAGCGGCGGGAGAGACCAGGCCAGUCGACGGGAACCACAACGGCUCGUAUCUGACCUUCAAGAGCAAUGGAGGGCUCGUCUUCGCCAUCGACUUGCUCGUUGCUGGUUUCUCGACCGUCUGGUUGGACCAGGCAUACUGGCAACGAGCAAUUGCUUCAAGGCCCGAGACGUCUGUCAAGGCUUACCUCUUCGGAGGUAUCGCCUGGUACGGGAUCCCCUUCUCGUUCGGCACCGCCAUGGGUCUUGGAUGUGUUGCCCUAACUGGAAACCUGGUGUUCCCGACGUACCCGAACCCAUUAUCAGCAGCACAGAAUGGCGCUGGGUUGUCAGCUCCUGCGAGCGCCGUUGCCCUCCUUGGGAUGGGUGGUGCUGGGCUCAUGCUGCUUCUCCUUUUCAUGGCAGUGACCUCAUCAACAAGCGCUGAGCUCAUCGCCGUGUCAUCGCUCAUCACGUUUGACGUAUACAAAACGUACAUCAAGCCAACCGCGACAUCGACCGAGCUGGUGCGCAUAUCGCACUAUGGGAUCGUCCUGUUCGCCGUCGUCCUAGCAGCAUUCUGCUGUAUCCUCAACGCAGUCAGCGUCGACCUCACCUGGCUCCUCACCAUUCUCGGUGUCAUUGUAGGAGGCGCAGCCAUCCCAGUUGGUCUGAUUCUCCUCUGGGCUCCAAUGUCCACAGUCGCAGCACUUGCCGCCCCUUGGGGCGGUCUUGCACUUGGCUUGAUCGCCUGGCUCAUCACAACCCGGUACCGAAGCGGCGCCGUCACGGUCGCGACCAGUGGGGAUGUUCUUAACGCCGUGGCAGGGAAUCUCGCCUCUUGCGGGUCAGGGACGAUUCUGGCUUUUGUGUUUUCUCUGCUCUUCCCUGAGCAAUGGGGAGCUGUCAACAACACUCCAGAAGCCCAAAAGCGCAUUGACAAGAUCAACGGCGUGCAGCCAGCAGCUGAAACGGGAAUGGCAGAUUCGGGUGUGCCUUUCCCUAAGAAUGAAAAGAUUGUUGACGGCCCAAAUGAAGGCAGGCCGGCUUCUAUGGGUGCUUCCAAAGAGCCCACCUCGGAUCCCGUCCCAGAUACAGUAGUCCCCACCGGCAAUGCCAUCGUGGACUUCCUCGAGGCGUCGCACAUCGAGCCAAUGUCUCCCGAAGAGGUCAAGAAAGCGACCAAGCUUGCCAACUGCUUCAACUUGGCAUACUGGGUGAUCGCCAUCUUCGUUGUACCAUUUACACUAUUUGGUACGCAGUGGGAAUUCACUCUAGCCGGGUUCCGUGGCUGGUGUGUAGUGAGCUUCAUGUGGGUAUGGUGCAGCUUUGUCAUCUGUGUCAUCUGGCCCUUGGUCGAGAGUCGGGGUACUAUGUGGGCCAUUCUCAAGGGACUCUCUAGGGACGCUAGGGGGGAGAAAACAGAGCGCACUUCUCAGAUUUCUGUCUGAGAUUUCGGUCGAACGUUGGUAGAGUGCAAAGCAAUG